GGCUUCCGUAUUGUCUCGGGCUCCCCUGGAAAUGCAGUAAGGAUUCGUCUCACAUCCCGGUUGCCAUAGCAACAGCAGCCUUUCCCAUAAUGAGCUGCAUCAUCUGAACUGAUGUCACAGCAUCAUGCAGCAGGUCACACAAGGCACCUCCUAGUAUUGCAUCCUACAGAUGUGCUGUAAACAUCAAAAGAGGAUGAUUUGAGCAGGACACGCUAUGUUGGAAAGAAUUACAGUUUAGAUCUUCCCAUGUUAGCCAUGGAUGUAGCGCUGUCUCCAAUGAGAACACAAGACCUGGAUCCCAUGCCAUCUGAUGCAUCUCCCAUGCUUAUAAACAUGACCCCUACAGUGGACAGAGAGGGGGAAGAGGAUGUCAUGAAGGAGCUUGAUUCUGGCCAGCAGUAUGACAAGCCGCCUCCUCUACACACCGGUGCUGACUGGAAGAUUGUUCUCCAUUUGCCAGAAAUUGAGACAUGGCUUCGGAUGACAUCUGAAAGAGUCAGGGAUCUGACUUACUCUGUCCAGCAGGACUCAGAUAGCAAACAUGUGGAUGUGCAUCUAGUACAGCUAAAGGAUAUUUGUGAAGAUAUAUCUGAUCACGUUGAACAAAUUCACGCUCUACUAGAGACUGAGUUUUCCCUGAAGCUUCUCUCUUACUCUGUCAACGUGAUAGUCGAUAUCCAUACAGUGCAACUACUCUGGCAUCAGCUACGUGUUUCUGUUCUGGUUCUGAGAGAGCGUAUUCUUCAGGGGCUACAAGACGCUAAUGGAAACUACACCAGGCAGACUGAUAUUCUGCAAGCAUUUUCUGAGGAGACGAAGGAGGAUCGUCUUGACUCUUUAACUGAAGUUGAUGAUUCUGGACAGUUAACUAUCAAAUGUUCUCAAAAUUACUUGUCACUGGAUUGCGGUAUUACUGCAUUUGAACUCUCUGACUACAGUCCAAGUGAGGAUUUGCUUGGUGCUCUGGAUGAUAUGACCUCCAGCCAAGGUAAAGCAAAAUCAUUUGAAUCCUGGAACUACAGUGAGAUGGAUAAGGACUUUCCAGGCCUUAUCAGAAGUGUGGGUUUACUUGCAGUAGCAACUGAUUCCAUUGCUCCCCAGUGUAAUGAAGCAUUAAAUGAAAAAGAAACCCAUUUACCUCUUUCAACAGAAGAUAAGGAUGAAAGCAAGGAGAGGAAAGCACCCCAAGAGCUUUCACUAUUAUGUCCUCCUGCAAAUUCCUCUGUUCCUAAAGGCCCUUGCUCUGAAGAUGGUGUCUCAUCAACUGACAGCAAAACAGUUUCCACAUCAAAGAAACCAGAAUGCAAUCUUCCUCAGCUCAAUGGUGAAAAAGUCAAACAUUCUCACUUGGAAAACUCAACUCCUAAAAGGUCCAUAAGAGACUGCUUUAACUAUAAUGAAGAUUCCCCUACACAGCCUACAUUGCCAAAAAGAGGUUUAUUUCUGAAAGAUGAUGUGUUUAAGGAUUAUAUGGAAACCAAUGAUUUUAAAAGGCAAAUCUCUCAGAUAGUAAAGAAUGAAAUGAGUAGAAGUACACCCUCAUUGUUAGAUCCACCAGAUAGGUCCAAACUUUGCCUAGCUUUACAGUCACCCUACACUAACAGUCCAUCUGCAGUUAGUCAGUCAUAUGAUUGCUUAAAUAAAAUAGGUGAUAGAAAUCUUGAGUACACAAUAGAUAAUCACUUUAAGGACAGUCCUGUAAGUCUAGGGAAACCUGCUUACUACACCUGUAAAGAAAAAUCAAAGCACAAGAAAUCUCAUGAUGCUUCAGAGAAAGUGAAAGCUGGCAGAACAUCUGGACAUAUGUGUAAAACAGCUCCACCAAUACAAGUCAAAAAAAGGGGACGCUCUUCUCUACAAAAUGGGAUUGCUUCUCAUAACUCUCAGUCUCUUGAGGGGACAGAAACAGAUUCUACUUCUGCAUCAUCAGAUUCUUGUAACCAGAGAGACCCAAGUGGGCAGUCACAAAAUAAAACUGAGCCUUUUAGUUCACCAACACAUAGCCAAAAGAGUGCUUCCUCAGCUGGUUCAGAACUUAUCAACUCAUCACCUCUUUUACUGAGAAGAAAGAAAAAUAAAAGUUUUUGCUCAUCACCAAGUUAUAGUCAUACAAACAGUAAAGAUGGUGAGGUCUGGUAUGGAUCUGAUGAAUAUUUAGCACUUCCUUCACAUCUCAAACAGACUGAAGUAUUAGCUUUAAAACUAGAAAACUUGACAAAGCUGCUGCCCCAAAAGCCCAGAAGAGAAACCAUUCAAAACAUUGAUGACUGGGAGCUGUCAGAAAUGAACUCAGAUUCAGAAAUGUAUCCAACGUACCAGGUAAAAAAGCACAAAAAAACGGGUAGAAUUUCACCAAGCUCUUCAAGUGAUAUAGUAUCCUCCUUGGGUGACAGUAUUGAAUCUGGGCCUCUCAGUGAUAUUCUCUCUGAUGAAGAUCUUUCUAUGCCUGUAUCUUGCAUUAAAAAAUACAUUGAAGAAAAGUCAGAAAGGACUGCUGUCACUCAGCCCACUGAGAAUGAGACUUCUGCCUCAAAUAAAUCAGCUUUAAUUCAUCAACUCAUGCAAGAUAUACAACAUCAAGAGAAUUACGAAACCAUAUGGGAAAAAAUUGAGGGGUUUGUAAGCAAGCUGGAUGAAUUCAUUCACUGGUUAAAUGAAGCCAUGGAAACAACAGAGAAUUGGACUCCUCCUAAAGCGGAGACAGACAGCCUUAAACUGUACCUGGAGACACACUUGAGUUUUAAGUUGAAUGUGGAUAGCCAUUGUGCUUUAAAAGAAGCAGUGGUAGAAGAAGGACGUCAACUUCUUGAGCUUAUUGUAUCUCACAAAUCAGAAGGACUGAAGGACAUGUUGCAGAUGAUUGCAAGUCAAUGGAAGGAACUACAGAGGCAAAUCAAACGGCAACACAGCUGGAUUCUUAGGGCUCUGGAUAUCAUCAAAGCAGAGAUACUGGCUACUGAUGUGUCUGCAGAGAAUGAGGAAGGGACUGGGAGCCCUAAGGCUGAGGUUCAGCUAUGCUAUCUGGAAGCACAAAGAGAUGCUGUUGAACAGAUGUCCUUAAAGCUGUACAGCGAGCAGUACAACAGUAGUAGCAAGCGAAAGGAAGAGUUUGCUGAUAUGUCAAAAGUUCACACAGUGGGAAGUAAUGGCCUUUUGGACUUUGAUUCAGAAUACCAGGAGCUCUGGGAUUGGCUGAUUGACAUGGAAUCCAUCGUGAUGGACAGCCAUGACCUGAUGAUGUCAGAGGAGCAGCAGCAGCAUCUUUACAAGAGAUACAAUGUAGAAAUGUCAAUCAGGCACCCGAAAAAGAUGGAACUGCUCAGUAAGGUUGAAGCUCUGAAGAAAAGUGGUGUUUUACUACCAAAUGAUCUCCUUGAAAAAGUGGAUUCAAUUAAUGAAAAAUGGGAACUGCUCGGGAAAACCCUAGGAGAGAAGAUCCAAGACACAAUGGUAGGGCACAGUGGGUUAGGUCCACGUGACCUGCUCUCGCCUGAAAGCGGCAGCCUGGUAAGGCAGCUGGAGGUCAGGAUCAAAGAGCUGAAAGGGUGGCUGAGAGAUACAGAGCUUUUCAUCUUCAAUUCCUGUCUGAGACAAGAAAAUGAAGGAACAAUGAAUGCUGAGAAACAACUGCAAUAUUUUAAGUCCCUAUGCUGUGAGAUCAAACAGAGACGUCGUGGGGUAGCCUCAGUGCUGCGAUUAUGCCAGCACCUCCUGGAUGACCAGGAGACCUGCAACCUAAAUGCAGAUCAUCAGUCCAUGCAGUUGAUAAUCGUAAACCUUGAGAGGAGGUGGGAAGCCAUUGUCAUGCAAGCUGUCCAGUGGCAAACAAGGCUACAGAAGAGAUUGGAAAAAGACUCGGAGUCUCUGAACGUUAUUGAUGCCAGUUUGAUGGAUCUAAAUGGUCCAAGUGAAGAUGCACUAGAAUGGGAUGAAACUGACAUAAGUAAUAAGCUGAUAAGUGUUCAUGAAGAUUUAAGUGAUCCAGAUCAGGAGGUGAAGAAGGAUGAUCUAAGCCCGAAAACUGCUUCAGGAGAAUGUGGUGACAAUGACGUGAAUGAAGACGAAAGUAUCAGUGAUCGUGGAAGUCCUCUUUAUUGUCCCACCAUUACUUCCCCUCCAAAUCCUCACAUCUAUCAGGUCUAUAGUCUUCAUAAUAUUGAAUUAUCAGAAAAAAAACACAUGCCUUUCUUGAAAAAAACAUCCAAACUCUCCAGUGUAACACAGUCUAAUAUUUUAAACAAAAGUCUUAGUAAAGACUCUUCAUUUUCAUCUACCAAAUCCUUGCCAGACCUAAUAGGGGGGACAACACUGGCAAAAACGUAUAACUAUAUGUACCAAAGUGGAAACAUAAGCAGGCAUUCUGAGAGCGAGAGUGGGAUAGUGAGUGAAUGUGAUACAGAAACUACAAAUAAUUCAGAAAUUUUUUUGUUAAAUGAUAUUGAAAGCACUCAGAGUAAUCCUGAAAUUGGGCAUGCAGAAACUCAAAUGGAUGGCAUAAUUGAUGUAAUAAAACAAAAAAUAAAGCAAAAUGAAGAAGACCAUGUUAGUCUCUCAGAUGAUUGCCAGUUGGCACCUUCUGGAUGUUGUGGAAGUGAAAUUGAUGAGGACUUGGACAGUGUUACCGUGUGUAAACCUGUUUGUCUAGAAGAACUGCAAGGAAAACGUGAUGUGUUUACAUUUUAUGAUUACUCAUAUCUUCAAGGCUCCAAAUUCAAAUUACCAGUGAUAAUGAAACAAUCACAACUUGAAAAGACACACACAGAGGGUGCUCUGUUUCAUGGCUUUUGUUUUGAUAAAAUACCUGGUAAAUCUGAACAUAAGCCUGGAGAGUCACAACCAGAUGGGUUUAUUCAUGACCAUAGUCUGGCAAGUAUCCCUGGAGGAUCAGAUCCCAGUUCUUGCAAGUCUGCAGAAACAGUAAGAAAAUUAGCUGUUACAGAGAAUACGAGACAGAUUUCGACUUUGUCUCGCAGUUCUUCAUUAGAAUCACUGUCUGUAGUAGGUGAUUUGUUCAGCUCAGGUAUUUUUAAAAGUGGAGAUGGUCUUCAACGCAGCACCUCUUUGGAGAGCUGGCUGACUUCCUAUAAAAGCAACGAAGAUCUUUUUAGUCAUCACGGUUCAGGAGACAUAAGUGCAAGCAGUGAUUCUGUUGGAGAGCUCAGCAAAAGGACAUUAGAUCUUUUGAAUCGUUUAGAGAAUAUCCAGAGUCCAUUAGAUCAAAAGAUAAAGCGCAGCAUCUCUGAUAUAACGCUCCAAAGUAGCUCUCAAAAAAUGUCUUUUACUGGACAGCUGUCUGUAGAUAUUGCAUCCUCGGUCAAUGAAGACUCAGCAGCUUCUCUCACUGAACUCAGCAGCAGUGAGGAUCUUUCUCUCUGCUCUGAAGACAUUGUACUGCAUAGAAAUAAAAUACCAGAUUCAAAUGCAUCAUUUAGAAAACAUCUUAAUAGAUCUGUAGCUGAUGAGAGCGAUGUCAAUGUCAGCAUGAUUGUUAAUGUCUCCUGCACUUCUGCUUGUACUGAUGAUGAAGAUGACAGUGAUUUGCUUUCAAGUUCCACCCUUACCUUAACUGAGGAAGAGCUAGGUAUCAAAGAUGAAGAUGAUGACUCCAGUAUAGCAACUGAUGAGGAUAUUUAUGAAGAAUGCAAUUUAAUUUCAGGACUUGAUUAUAUAAAAAAUGAACUCCAAACUUGGAUUAGACCAAAAUUUUCUUUGACAAGGGAGAAGAGAAAAAGUAACCCCAGUGAUGAAAUUCAGCACAGUAAAGAAGUUAGUAAUGAGACAUCAAAAGCCACGGAUACAUUGAGCAUUGAAACACUUUUGAAUGGUUCAGUACAGAAAAUAUCAGAAAAUAAUGGCAACAGUAAGAAUGUAUCACGUGAUCAUGAAAAGGGGACAAAGGUUCACUUAAGGAAAGAUAUCUCUCAGGUUGUGAAGGAUCAGCUUGUGGAUGAUAUGGAGAAUGGCAAUGUUGAAAAUACUCUUGGCAGUGAAAAGGAAGGGCUUGUGAGAACAUCAGCAACUUCCAGAACUCAUACAUCACUUGAUGUUACAGAAGCUGAAAAUGAAUGUUGUGUCUGUGAAGCAUUUACAGACAGUUCAGAUGAUUCACAUAUGGAUGGCAAGGAGACUGCUCUGUUGUCAGAUGGAUCCAGAAACCCUCCAAAAGAAUGUCAAAGUCAUCUUCAGUCUGAUUGUCAUGGUGUUGCUUACUCUCCCGCUAAAAAACCUUGUCUUGAAUCUUCCUCAGAAACAAACUGUGUAGACACACAAGCAUCCCUACCUGAUGGUCAACAACACAGAAUAAGCACUACUGAAAAAUCUACUGAUUGCUGUGCAGCCUUGAAAUCCAAUGAAACUGAACAUGAGUCCUCAGCCAGUGGUCUUGAUUCAUGCUGUAACUGUGAAUCUGCUGCUUUUGAUAAAAGAAACUUGGAAGAUGGCUCAGUACACAACUUUGUGAUGGAGAUAAUAGACAUGGCAUCAACAGCUUUGAAAAGUAAGUCACAACCUGAAUGUGAAUCAUCUGCUCCAGCUUCAUUAACACAGAUCAAGGAAAAAGUGUUAGAACACUCUCACAGACCCAUCCAGCUAAGAAAAGGGGACUUCUAUUCUUAUCUUUCACUUUCUUCUCAUGAUAGUGACUGUGGAGAGGUAAUCAAAUACAUAGAGGAAAAGAGCAGCACUCCUGUGCCACUGGACUUCACAGAUGAGAGAGAAAAUAUUGAAUGUUUUUUUGAAGCUUGCCCUGAAGAAGAGCGUGUUGAACAGCAGCAAUCUGUUUCUAAUGGUACUACCGAAGCACGAGUUGAACAGCAGCAACCUAUUUCUAACAUCAUUUCUGAAAUAACUCCAGAGUCACCAGGCAAACUGACUCUAGAGUCAGUAGGAAGAGUUAAAACUUCUUCAGAAGAUAGGCAUUUAUCUUUUUUGUGUGAUGAUGACAUUAAUAUAAAUGUCCCCAGUCCUAACAAACAAAAUGCAUCAAAUGAUUUGAAAAAUGCUGAUGAUGAGUUGAUGAUUUCAGACUGGAAAAGCGAAGGUUUGGAAAAGAAUUCUCCAGAGCUUAGCAGUAAGAAGAGUACUAUAGGAAAAUCAUGUGGAAUCAAAGAGCCCAAAGGAUGUGUUGCUGCUUCUGAAGAGGCUUCAGCCAUAGAGUUUCAGUUAAAGCCCAGCCAUUCACAGAAUAAAGAGGUUUUGCACCAAAACACUAAAACUCUUACUUGUGAGGAAACUCUCCUGACUCUUCAUAAGGAAAGACACAUUAAUAUGCACAGAUAGAAUGUAACCCUCUCCAGGCAUAUACAUUAUCCUAAAAACAGUUUUAUACAAUGAAAGGAGAUGAAUCACCAUCUAGGGUUUCUGUUUUAUGGUAGUACUAUAUCAUUUGUUUUAGUUACACUGAAAUCCUCUAAAAUCCUGCAUUACAUGCCACUAGUCAACAAACACAGUGAAUAGUAGCUGCUCCUUGUCCUUUGGCUUUGCACUGACUGGAGCUGCUCUCUUCUGGAAUCUUCAAAUCUGUUAUUUUGCAGAACUUGGGAAUCCUUCAAAAGUAGUAUUUCUAUAUCACCUCCUCUUCCUUUAUCAACUGAGCUGUGGAACCAGAAACCAGCUCUACUCAUUCAUCCCCUUCUCCACAGACAGCUGACCUUAUGAGGUAUUCACAUGUGCUUGAUGAAUCUGAACUUCUGGUUUUACAUGGAUUUUGAGUGACCAGUGAGUUGGAAUUCUAAAAUAUUUACAGACAAUCCAUGAAGAAUGGCUAAGCAAACUGGAAAAUAAGUAGAGAGAGAAUGUCAUCUCUUGGUGUCAGCUUACCAUGACUUAUGUUCAGUGAGCCAUCAUUAGUAUUAGGCUAAAAGUUGAGGUAACCAAAAUAAGAAAUCUUUGAAACAUCAGUGAAGAGUAUAAUGUGAAGGUAAUGUAGAACAAAGACCCAAACACCAAAGCAAAUGGAAAGUGUUAGCCACACAGCAGUACUGAAAGCUUUGGUUCUAUUUUGUGGUAAGCAUUUUGAAACAUAAGAUGUUUGAACCUAAGUUGAAAAUUUGGCUCUGAUCUCUUCCAAAGUUUUGGAGUGGUUCAGAUCUGGAGUUUCUGAUGUCACAUGAAUGUCUAACAAUAAGCUGCAUAUUUAACAACAAGAGAUCUACAAAGCAACUUCUGGAUCAGAUCCGAUAGAGCUAUUGUUCUGAGUCUCACAAGUUUGGUGAGCCAAAAGCCAACAUAGCUGUGCAGUGGUCUUCCAUUGGUCUUUGGAAACACUCAUCCAGUAGACCAGACCCAGCAUGGCAAUUCCAAAUGCCACUCCAAUUCCAAAUGCUGCUGCUUAUCAGAAGUUGUAGAAGGGGAGUUUCCAAUAAGGCACAAGGUUAAGCACUGGAAAAGGUCACCCAGGCUAGUUCUAAAAUUUCCAUCCUUGGAGGUUUUCAAAAUUAACAUGGACGUGUCCUUGAAUAAUCUGAUCUACUUUUGAAGAUAGCCUUACUUUGAGCAGGAGGUUGGACCAGAUGACAUUCAAAUUUCCCCUCCCAACUAAGUUAUUCUAUGAUUCCAUGAUACUACUAGGAGAAAAGGACAUUAUUCGUCAUUGAAACCACUAGUACACACUUAUUGCAACCUGUAUAGCUAUAGCAGAGGAUCUGAGCCUAUUUAUACAAAAUAGAUUGCUUUGCUACGGUUGGAUAUUUAACUUCAGCAUUUCCUGAUUUUGCUGUAUUAUACUAUUAUGCUUUGGGGUUUUCUUUUGCACAUUUUGGUGUUUUACCCACCAUUCACAUAUUCACAUAUGUAUAAAUACAUCUAGCAAAAUCUUUAGGUUAUGGCAGCAAAAGUCUACACCUUGCCACUAUCUCUUUCAGACAGAAAAUCUAUUUGAAUAGUGCAUUAUCUUGGAACUGUCAUAGCAGCGAGGAUAUUUCUUGAAUGGCUUUGAAAUGGGCUUUCCUGACCUGCUGAUUGCCAGUUAGGUUAAUACCUGGACACAUCCAAACAACUGGAGAAGCAAAGGAAAUCAACUGGGAAUUACAAAACUGAUAAAUGAUACUACAUAUUCUAGGAUUACAUUCAAAAGAUCAUGUGUAUACAUAGGCCUCUAUAUGGAAGUUGAAAUGAUGACUAAAGUAUGAGGUUGAUAAGUGAUGAUUAUGUAAACAUAAACUUUUCCUAAAUUACUGUUUUAUUAAUUUUCUUACAUUUUUCCCCACUCAAUAAUAUUAAUUCGAGGAAGAAUACUUACUGCGUGUGAUUUUCUUCUUGUUCGUGUUCUUUCACUGAUGAAGACAAUAACAUACCUUUUUGCUUCAUUGAAAGUACUUUUCCUCUGAGGAUCUCAAAAUACUGUAUAAACUUCCCCUCAAUCGUCAGAACCUCACAGUUACUUACAUGGUAGCCAGCUGUGUUUUUCAUAAGACUGGAAUGUGACAACAUGCAGUUAACAAGGCAUAAGGACAAAGAUUGGACAUAGAGGAUUUUAAUACAUGCCCUGCAAUGCAAUGAAAUGUAAUGCAGAGCCUGUAUACAACAAUUUGAUAGGAUUAUAUUAAAACUAUAACAUUUAACGUAACAAAAAGUUAAUUUUUGACUCGAUGUUGAAAAAUAAUUUUAAGGUAACAAAGCCCUUCACACUACAUUCCACUUUUUAAAUAUAAGAAGAUACGUUGUUUCUUAACAGAUAUGUAUAGCGUUGCUUCCAUGGAAAUUAGGUACUGUAUUAUUCCCAGCAGUAAAGCCCUAGGAUACAUAUAGUGUGUCUCAGGCACAUCAAAAAAGGAAUAUAUGAGCUGCUAGAUUUGGUUUCAGUCAAGUCUGAGCUCCCUUCCCCCAUUCACAAGCUUGGUGCUUUAACUUCAUCUCUCAUGCUAUGGGGAAUGAAUUACAGAAGCAAUCUAUCCUAAUUUGUUAACUUAUUCAAAUAACAGUUAUUAUACUUAACUAUGCUAAAGAUUAUCUUUUUGGUGGCAGAUUGUUUAUUUUUUGAUGAGGCUAAUUACUGAUUUUCUAAAGGUAAUUUACAUUUAUUACUAAUACAUCUUUUAAAAUGUGACAGAUAAAUGUUGUUCCCAUAAGUGUAUUAUGAAAAAAGUUACUAUUUAAAAACACAUUAUUUAAUUUGAAAGAUAAAUGGCAAACACCAUUAUUUUUCCUGUAGCACCUGUGCUGUAAGCUCAUUUAAAUGUGUAAUUCCAUGUGUAGCUGUAAUACUUAGAGAAAAAUAAUCUAUAGUAUAUGUGUAUCUUAAAAGCAUACUAAGAUUUCAAAGCUGAAAAAAAGCAUAGUUUCAAAUGUAGUUUUAUUUUAUACUAUUUUAGUAUGUGCUUUGGAUGUACAGGAGAAUAAAAGAGUGAGGAGAAUAUUUCUGCAAGUGUAUGUAAGUUGCAAUCCUAUUAUUUAUCAGUGUGCUACAAGAAAUGACCAUUGUGUUAAAAUAAUAGCAAUUCUAUAAGUAGGCUCAAAAAUAUAUGUCAGCACUGACUCAUCUCUCAUAUGAGCCAACACAGAGUUCUUUAACAGAGGUGCUCAUAAAACUGCUGAUUUUGUUUCUUAAGUAGGGGACAGCUCGAAGGAACUAUUUUUCUGUAUAUGAGCUCAUGCAAUCUUCUGCUGUCACUGUGACCCAUGACUCACCAAAGGGAUGGGAAUUCUUAGUCACAUAUUCAAUAUGCAUAGAGAUCAAUACAUUGAGGAGGUUUAUCUGGUGUGUCUGGAGUCAUUUCUAGAAAAUAUACUUCUGUGUGUUAUCUGUUAGUGCUUACAAGUAAGUCACAAAAGCUAUUUCCUUCCUUUUGUACAGAAUCUGUAAUAUAAACUUAAGUAUUAACUUAAUUUGGAAAAAAAUAUUUUGUUUGGGCUUAAGAAAAAUAAAUCUGACAGUGCUGCAAUGUUGGCCAGAAUGUCCUGCCACUUACGAUACCCAGAGAAGCCCAGGAGAGAGGGAUGGCUCUGUGGCUGAUGCCCAGGACUGGUACUCAGAAGCCUGGCUUCUAUUUCCUGCUCAGCAAUGGAUGUUUUUGUAUGACUUAUUCCUUCCCUGCCUCAGUUUUGUUAGCAGUAAAAUAAUGAGAAUAAUGAUUGAUGGGACCUGUGAAACAUGAUUCAUUCACUGAAAAGUGUUUUGAGAUCCACAGAUAAAACAUGAUACAGAAAUGCAAAGUACUGUUAGUUAAUUAUUCAUUACUGGAGAGAAAUAACAUAGAGGUUUACAGAAUAACUCGUAUGUAAUAAUUUACUUUUAGAAAAUGGAACUACAAGAGUAAUCUAAAUUUAUGCUUAUUUUUUUUCUUACAAUUUUUAUAGGGAGAUGGAUAGAACAAUGUUUCUUUAUAGAAUUUAAAAUGCUCUGACUUUUUAGCUCCUUACUGUGGUAGCUGACUUCUUUAAAAGAAUUAAAUAAACAGAUAAUCUUUUAUUA